AUGGCGAUCCUCAGCAACACGACGACGCAUGCCACAGAGGGCAGACCGGGGAAAGGGUUCGAGCAGGACCGACAAUGGAACUGGAGGAACUUCUGGAUCUGUUUCGCCCUUGCGAGCUCAGGCAUGGCGGCGUUUGGCUACCCGUCCUCGAUCAUCGGCGUGACCCUCGCACAGCCAUCGUUCCUCUUCUAUAUGAAGCUCAUCGACCCCGCGAUGGGAGAGAAGGCCCACAACGCCGACUCUCUGAUUGGGGCCAUGUCUGGUGUCAUUCAGGCUGGAGCCUGUAUAGGUGUCAUAAUAGCGAGCGAACUCAUGGACAGGUGGGGACGAAAGGCAGCAGCAGCAUUCUGUGUGGUCACAAGCCUCAUUGGCGGUGCGGGUCUAACUGGUUCGGUCAACACGACCAUGUUCAUUAUAUUUCGCUUGAUUGCGGGAGGAGGAGCAUGGGGGUUCCUUACACUCAUUCCGGUCUACGUGGCCGAGUUGGCACCGCCAAAAUUGCGAGGCUUCUUUGUCGGCCUGAUCGGGGUGUUCAUCAACGUCGGCUACUCCAUCGCCACUUACAUGGGUUUAGCUUUCUACUGUGUUGAAAACAACCCGGGCGCACAAUGGCGAGGGCCCCUCGCGCCAGAGUCGCCACGGUACCUGUUGAUGAAAGGCCAGGUCGAAGACGCCAAGCGGAUCGUCAUGGACAUCCACAAAGUGCACUACGACCCGGACCAGGAAUACGCCCGUGGCGAGUUCUACCAGAUGCAGAAACAGGCAGAGUUCGACCGGAGCCUCGCGCCGACGUACCGGGCCAUGUUCUUCAAAAAAUCAUACCGCCAGCGGAAUCUCUUGGCCUGUGGUUUCGCUUUCCUAGGGCAGUCCACCGCGGUCCUGGUCAUCAACAAUUAUGGUCCUACGUUGUACGGCGCUCUUGGAUACGGCACUAUAGAUCAGUUGAAGCUCCAGUGCGGAUGGAUCACCAUUGGCAACUUUGCGAACCUUUUCGGUGCUGUGAUUAUAGACAGGGUGGGUCGACGCCUUCUCAUGCUUGGAGGUAUCUUCGGCUGUUGUCUUUGCCUGAUCAUUGAAGCCGCCAUCGUUGCCAAAUUCGCUAGCCCCGUGCCCGCGACGCCGAACCUUCCCGCGCUGCGGGCCGGUGUUGCCAUGUUGUACCUAUUCCUCCUGUGCUACGGCUGUGGCGUCGAUGUCGGUGGCGUCGUCUUCUACAGUGAAGUCUUCCCAAACCAUAUUCGGGCAAGGGGUGUCGCGAUGGCCAUUUGUGUGACUUCUCUGGCCGAUCUCAUCUACCUCCAAGUGGCCGCCACGGCAUUCGCGAAUAUUGGCUGGAAGUUCUUCCUCGUCUUCAUCAUCAUUUCCGGCCUCGGCGGCAUCGUGGCUUUCUUUGUGAUACCAGAGACGAAGGGAUUGCCACUGGAGGAGAUCUCCGUCAUCUUUGGGGAUACCGACGAGGUUGUCGUCUACUCGGAGGAUAUCCACGUCGACCAUCAAACGCAUGAUCUCGUCAUGGACGUCCAUACCGGCAAAACGGUCGGGGGCGCCGGGGAUGAAUCUAUCCGAAAGGUAGCAACAGAAGGACCAGGGGAUCAAGGAGGCAACAAAAAGGAGGCAGCGCAUGUUGAGGGUGCUGAGUUGAUAACUUCAUCGACAGAAAAAGACACCUGA